CUCAUCCAGCCUCGCUUCGACAACUAGCUUUUCGAUCAAUUAGAACCAUCAGACCCUAUUCUCUAUCUGCAGCCAAGCCUUCACGAUGACUUUGUCUCAGCUAACACAAGAACUAAGUGAUUUAAGCGAUUCCAUCUCCUCUCUAUCAUCGGAUCCAGCCAGUGUCUGCGAAGAAGAAAAAGAAGCACGCGAGAUCCUUUCUCAGUAUUGUCUUUCUUAUGGUACAGACUGCACUGCGAAGACCAUCCAAAGCUUUAUCGAUUUCUUGCCGGCUCUUGGAAAACGGACAAUAUGUCAAUACAUCAUCGAGCAUCCUGAGAUGACUUCUCUUAAGGAGCUAUCACACCAUCUUUUUACCGCGGUUCUAGCUCCAAUGAGAGCCUGCGGAGGUCAGAACCAGACUGUAACACCCUCUCCUUUUGGACGCCCAGACGAUGUCGCCCAAGAAAUGGUAGAAUCUUCUUCUCAGAACGAUCAGCAGAACUUAAAAAAGAUCUGUCUUGAAAGAGACAAUUAUCGCUGUGUUGUUACUGAUCAUUACGCGGCAGAGUGCCGGGAUAAGUUCCCCGACAUCUCGGACGAGGAGUACGAUGAUGGCAUGUAUCCUACCAACCUAUCUCAUAUAAUACCAUUUGCCCUUGGAGUGUACGAGACCCGUGAGCAGGAAAACGAUGUCGUUAAUAUAUGGACUACGCUUUCUGCCUUGUUUCCCGACCUCGAGGACGUCAUAAAACCAGAUCUGAUCAACGAACCGACAAAUACGAUGAUUAUGAUCCCCAUUCUCAACGAGCUAUGGGGCAAACUGAAGCUGGCUUUUGAAAGCACGAAUGAAGAGCACACCUACAAGAUCAAGACGUACCCUCGUUUCCCGCGGAACGCCCUCAGAAAGCGUUCCCAUGGCCGCGCAGAAUAUGUUCGUUUUUCUAAGCCGCACGGCAAUAGGACUCAGCUGCCUAGUCGUGUUCUCCUCGAGACCCACGCGGCGAUAGCUCAAAUCUACCAUGCCUCCGGCAGGGCGGAAACAAUCGAUCACAUUCUUGAAGACCGGGAAUCCCUGCGUCAGCUCUCAGCUGACGGGAGUACGGAUAUCCAGCAGAUUUUACCGAUUCUCAUUCGCGUUUAGAUUUAAGUCACCGGGGAGAUGGCAUAUGCGAGAAAUAACCAGGCAUCUUUCCCCCCAUCCGCUCGAGGAAGCUGUCGUUGUUGUUGGCUGGUAUGGUCACUUUGCUGGAAAUAGGAAUCAU